UCUGUCACGUGACGAGCGUCCAGUUUGCGUUGAUAAACACGGAAGUGGGACUGAAAUGUGAAAACAAAUAUUUGCCGCAUUGCCUCACAAAGUGUUAUGACACAGUCGUUACCGAUUCUUUUUAAAACGUGCACAAUCUUAGUUUACUCGAUUUCUGCUGUUAUUUUGAAUUAACCGUAAUUAUUUAUAGUUCUGCUGUAGAGUAGAUUAGCACAAUGAAGAACUGUUUUGCUGCUGUGAUAACACUAUGCAUUGUAAUGCAGGUGAAUGACGCUUUGGAUUUCGAGAAAACGCGCACGGCAUAUUCUGCAAAGAUCUUUGGGUUCUCAUGGGAGAACUGCGGUAAGCCAGACGACCCAGCGGUUCUGAAGACCCUAACCCUGUUCCCGGACCCCAUCACAGUUCCAGGGGACCUGACGGCCAGUGCAUCCGGGAACACAACGGUCGAGCUGGCCGCUCCCCUCGCUGUGAAUGUGACCCUGGAGAAGGAGGUGGCAGGGUUCUGGGUCACGGUCCCAUGUCUGGAAGAGAUCGGGAGCUGCCAUUACACAGACGGCUGUGACCUGCUCAACCAGCUCAUACCGCCAGGACAGGACUGUCCUGAACCUCUUCACACCUACGGCAUCCCCUGCCACUGUCCCUUUAAAGCUAGGAAAAGCAAAGUGAAAGAGGAAGAGAAGACGGUGAAGGAGGUCAACAACAGUCAAGAUGGAGGAGGAGGUAAAGUCCCUCUGGAGGAGCUGAACGUGGGUCUAGAAGCAGAGAAGCAGCUGGGUCAGUAUGAGUGGCAGCUGAAGAUCCUACGGGAGGUGCUGUCUGCCUCUGGGACCCAGGAGAGGGAGGAGCUACUAAAAGACCCAACCCAAGGAGAGCUCUGUGCCCUGGUCCACAACAUCAUUGAGAAGGUGGAAACAGAGACGGCUGCUGACAUGACUGUUCUCUAUGUGGAGAAGAGCCAGAGGACCGCAGAGCAGCACGCGAGACAGCUGGAAGAACGGCAGAGGAGACAGAGUGAAGAGAGAGAACGGCUAACAGAGACACACCAGGCAGCAGAGAAAGUGUUGAAGGAGGAGGUAGAGGAGCUGACUACAGAGCUACAGGUGUACAAUCAGUUAAAGAAGAGAGUUGACGAGUCUACCUUCAAGAAGGACCUGCAGCGGAACAUUCAGGCCCAUGGCAGUCCUGGGCCAUUCUGGGAGCAGGAGCAGGAGAGUCUGCUGUUUGUCAUUGAGAUGAAGAGUGAACGUAUUCAGGAGCAGGGAAACAAACUGCUACAGAUGCAGGUUCUGGUGGAGAAGAAUCUGUCUCUGGAAGACCAGGUCAUCACUGUUUUACAGCAGAACGAGGACCUGACGGUUCGGAUUGACAACCAUCAAAGCCUUAUACAGCAGCUCUCCAAGGAGCACCAGGACCUCCAAGGGACGUUAGACAGGCAGACAGGUCUCUGUCAGAGGCUCACCCAGGAGAAAGACCAACUCAUGUUUAAACUGAAGCACAGAGACUCCUGUCCUACCUUCCCAUCCUUCCCCAUAGUGUCUGAGAUCUCCCCCAGCUGAUCCACCCAGACCCAACAGGACAAUCGGUUACUUCUGUCUUAAUCCUGUCUAGGGUUGCAAGCAUGGAUCCGUUAACUUUCCCAAAAUUCUAAAAUUAUUUUUUUCAGUAAUCCCUGAUUGGAGGAUUCCAAGAAUCCCUGAUUGGAGGAUUCCAAGAAUCAGGAAGUAAUAUACACGGAGGGACUUCUCCAACCUGGAAUUUUUCAAGUGAAAUUUCUGAAACAUCUGGGGAUUGUGGGAAUGUUUCGGGGCUUUUGCAACCCUACUGUAAUCCUACUUUGACAACCAAAGUCCAGGUACCUUUACAAAGGGCUAUAGUCACAUGUUUGAUAGAACCUGAUGCCAAAUUUGUUUUUAAAGGUUUUAUACCUGCUGUGCCGUAGAGUACAUAAUGUUUCUGUAGCAGUAUGGUAUUCAUAAAACAGGACUGUUUUUUUUGGGGGGGCAUUGGGCACAGCCAUGCACUGUUGGAUUUAACUGACACCCUGCUGUUCAACUGAGAUUCUCAUAGUUGUGUUACUGUUCAACUGAGAUUCUCAUAGUUGUGUUACUGUUCAACUGAGAUUCUCAUAGUUGUGUUACUGUUCAACUGAGAUUCUCAUAGUUGUGUUGCUGUUCAACUGAGAUUCUCAUAGUUGUGUUACUGUUCAACUGAGAUUCUCAUAGUUGUGUUACUGUUCAACUGAGAUUCUCAUAGUUGUGUUACUGUUCAACUGAGAUUCUCAUAGUUGUGUUACUGUUCAACUGAGAUUCUCAUAGUUGUGUUACUGUUCAACUGAGAUUCUCAUAGUUGUGUUACUGUUCAACUGAGAUUCUCAUAGUUGUGUUGCUGUUCAACUGAUAUUCUAGGUGAAUGAGACAGUGUUCAUUGAUGGUUUGAGUUGCAGUUGGAGAGGCAGAUGUUUAAUCAUGUAGUACGUAGCUAGUAGCUACAUCUUUAUCUACCUUCUUCCUGAGGCAGGAUAUAAUGCAGUAUAUACAAUUUAAACAGUAACUUUAGACAACAGCUUUUGUAUUAGAGAUAUGUUUGACUCGGUUGUUUCAUACAAUAUGGGAAAUGGAUUGCCAUGGUUAUUUUAUUUUUGCAGAUGAGGACAUUUUUGUGACUUUUUUUUUUUUUAAGUUACAAAGAACCAAAAGCACUUAUCAGUGUUUUUAAUUUGUAUUUCUUCUGAUGCACUAGCACUUUUAAUCAGUAUUUUACUAGUACUAAAUGUGAGAAAGGUUGCUGUAAAAAAAUACUUGUUUACUCCUGUGUUUUACAUUUUGUUUGUUUACAUUGACAUUUGAAUAAUUUAGCCAACUCCUUUAUCCACAAAGGCAGAGGAUCUAGGAGGAGAGAGAGAGCUUGAGUUACAAUAAACUGCAUCUGAACCACUGUA